CCUCAGCACGACUUCCAUCCCCACUCUACCAUCUUGCCAGCCCAGCCGACAAGAUGAGCUACAUCACGAAGCGCGCGUUGUCCACGCUCAUCCCGCCCAAGGUGGCCUCUCCCAAUGCUAUCGGAUCCUCGCCAAAUGCUCUGCGCAUGCAGAAAGUCGUGAGCUUCUACGAGAAGCUGCCGCGAGGCGCUGCCCCCGAGAUCCAGGCAAAGGGUCUUCUGGGUCGCUACCAGAAGAGAUACUUCGGCAAGAACGCCUCUGCCAUGCCCCUCGUCCAUGUAAUCGGCGCCCUUAUCGCCCUUGGCUAUGCGCAGAACUACUACUUCCACUUGCGCCACCACAAGAACAACGUGCACCACUAAGUGGGUAGGACACUGCUGGAUCGAAAUAUGAGCGUGACGGAUGGCAUGUGUAAAUAUAGAGUGUAGCAGAUUCAAUCUCAAUCGUGG